GCCUGAUCUGCUCCGUGCGCUCGCUUUGUUCCUUUUAGGUCGUGUCGUCCCUGUCGCGUGAUUGGCGUGUUCGCUUGACUUGUGCUGCGCUACAUUAGUCUCUCGUCUACCCGGGUCUCGGUCUUCUCUCUGUCGCAUCCGUCGCCGUAGCAGGUCGCACAGUCGCGUCGCGUCGUCGUUCCGCUCAUUUUAGAGGCGCUUCAAAACUCGUCUCGCUCGUCUCUCUGUCGCAUCCGUCGGCAUAUCACAUCCGAGUAGCAUCUGUCGCAUCCGUCGCCGUACCACAUCCGGUUAGCAUCUGUCGCAUGCGUCGCCGUACCACAUCCGACUAGCAUCUGUCGCAUCCGUCGCCGUACCACAUCCGAUUAGCAUUUGUCGCAUUUGUCGUCGUGUCUCAUCACAGAGUUGCAUUGUUUCAUUCCUGCGUGGAGGAGGCCGUGCCACGUGCGAUCGUGCCUUGAGAAUCGCGCGAUGCGUCACGUGUGAUGUGUGAUGUGGCAUGCUGCAGGCAACGGUACAGAACUAGCGGAGGGGAGGGAGAAACGGAGACUCACACGGAGACUACGGUCCAGUACAGUACAGCACGGUACAGUACAGUACAGGGACGCAAAGCCUAGUCAGCAUUUACACAGAGACUAGUACCGUACAGUAAACGGACGCAGACUGCCAUUCUUUCCCUGCCAUUCGACUCGGCAGUUUCUUUUUUCGACUCGGCAGUUUCUUUUUCGUCUGCCGCCGUGCGACUGGUUGCGCCAUUAUUUAGUCGACUCAGCGUGCCGUUUUUCGUCCGCCGCCGUGCGACUGAUUAGUCUGAUUGGCCGUUCGUCUGUCGUCAUGCGACUGCUUAGUCUGAUUGGCCGUUCGUGCGACUGCUUAGUCUGAUUGGCCGUUCGUGCGACUGCUUAGUCUGAUCGCCUGUCAUGGGGGGCCUGUCGUCGCCAUGCUCACACGCGCUACUGUACACUGAGCAGCUCAUGAGUCAAGACGCAACGCAGCAGCAUCGAUCGAAAGCCGAAAGCCGUGAGUCGUCGUGAGUUGUGAGUCGUGACUCGUGAGUCCUCCUGACGUAGUGUCUUGACUCGGGGUUUGAGCCACCUCCCUCCAGUCUCAGGGUCUCUGAGCCAUCUCCCCCGGAUUAGGGUUUGGCUGAGGGUCUGAUUGCCCGUAAGUCUGCCUCUGAAGGCGAACGUAACCUUUGUGUGGCUGGGAUAGGUUAGGUUUUCCCCGAGCCAACCAGCCCCCGGUUCGGAUGGUACUGUAGCACCAAUAACAGGCUGGACUCUGGUCUGUCCGUCUCGGAAAUAUCGUAGGCACGUGGACGAUUCUUAUUAGUUCGACUCAAAUCAUUCUUCGAGCCGACUUUCCUUUUUUUAGGUCAGCUCAGGAGAGUCGUAGGCAUCGGGGGGGCAUUUUCGAGCCAAGAGCUCGACAUACAUGAGAGAUGAUUCCCGAUCGUUACGCUGGGAAGCUGUUACUAGGAUAAAAGUGACUGACUACCAUAGAUCCGUCGUCGUUUCGGAUUCGAUUGGGGAUUCCGACAGAUUCACCAGCAACGAUCAGUGAGCCGUCGUUAGUCUGUAAGCGGUCGAGAUUCCAAUCAGACCGCCCCGUCGCUCCCAUGUUUCCCCACCACGGCACUCCAUCGCCAACCAUCCCUCCAUUCCUCUCCUCCUCCUCCUCCCCUUCCCACUCCCAAGCCUCAACCAUGACCGCCGAGCCGCUCUCUCUCCCCGCCCUCCUCUCCCUCCCCGUCGAAGCCGUUUCCUCGAAGCUUCGCUCGACGCCGCCCGCGCAUUUGGAGCAUCUGCGCGUCUCGUUAUGGGACAUCCUCGGCACGCCCGACCGCAAGCCGGAGUUUCUUUCCCUCCAGCGCCUGCUUGUAUCGCGUACGGGCGCCGGCGUGGGCCUCACCGCGGAGUCCCUCGCUCGCGCGCAUUACACGCAUCUUAAGAUCCUAGUCGCGGUUCGAACCGGCAUCCAGGCGUUUCUCCACCCCGAUAUAGCCAUCCCGCCGGCGUCUUUAAUCGAGAUUUUCCUCCGCCGCCGCUGCCAGAACAUGGCCUGUCAGAGCCCGCUUCCCGCGGGCGGCUGCCGCUGUCGGUUCUGCACGACGAGCAGCGGCGAUCGGGGGGGGGGCGGGCGGACAGGGAAGGAGGGGGGGGGCGGCGCGAAUGAGUUAACCUCCCUUGGUACUACCGCUGCUACUGCCGGUAGCAGCGCCGGUGGUGGUAUUGGUGGUUCAGGUGGCGCGGGUGGUAGUAGUACUACUGCUGCUAGCACUAGUACGGAGAUCGGAGCGGGGUUUUGCAAUCUGUGCAUGUGUGUGGCGUGCGGAAAAUUCGACUUUGACACGAACACGUGUCGGUGGAUCGGGUGCGAUUUCUGCCUGCACUGGUGCCACACGGAAUGCGCCCUUCAUAUGGGCUUCGUCCGCCAUGGCGCAGUGGGGACCGGGGGAAGCGCAGGCGCUGCCGGGGGGAGAGGCGGAGGCGGGGGUCAG